AGACUCCGAAAACACCCAGGUAGAUCGCAAAUACACUUGUUGUGUCUCACAGGGACGUGUUAGAUAAAAAUAUAUACCUGCAUCUUCAGCGGGAAACGGCCUGGAUCUAUCAGCCGGUGGAUUAUUUAUGAGGAGUGUAGGAUUCAGAAAGGAGUUGUGAUUUGUGUGGGAGCCCUCCGUCGGUUUCAGAAACCAUCAUGGAUCACUGGUGUCGAGGCGUGUGUGAUUAAGAAAUAACUGCCAGCUACCGGAAGACUGAGUUAUUUUGGUUAACGGCAGGUCAUGCUGAUGGACCAAGACACUCAGUGGCUGUACCAACUCCUGGCCGAGGUCCAGUUGGAGAAAUUCUACCUGCGCGUCAGAGAUGGCCUCAACAUCACCCGUAUCGAGCACUUCGCCUACGUCAAGGAGUCCGACCUGGAGCAGAUAGGAAUCAGCAAACCUGCACAACGAAGAUUAUGGGAAGCUCUGAAACGCUACAAGGCAAACUCACGAUCACGGCCGUGGAUACCGAAGGUGCUAAGCGGGCGAGGUCUGGAUGGAGGAGAGCAGGGGAGCGGCCAGGCUCAGUGCCAGGAAGUCGGCAGCCGCACUCUUCCGUGUCUGAUCCAGGACAGCGAGCUGAUUCUGGCCGAGAAGCUGGGCUCCGGGUCCUUUGGGGUGGUGAAGAGGGGAGAGUGGCACACGCCAACUGGGAGAGUGCUUCCCGUUGCUGUAAAAUCCCUGAGGAGCAGUAUGUCGAGGCAGACAGACACACUGACGGACUUCCUCCAAGAAGUAACCAUCAUGCAGUCGUUGGAUCACCCCAACAUCAUACGGCUCUAUGGUGUGGUGCUCACACAGCCACUCAAGAUGGUAACAGAGCUGGCCCCCUUGGGCUCACUAUACGACAUGCUGCGCUCACGUCAGUAUGAGUACCCUCUGGUCCGCCUCUGGCUCUUUGCCACCCAGAUCGCGGCAGGUAUGGAGUACCUGGAGACCAGGAGAUUCAUCCACAGGGACCUGGCUGCCAGAAAUGUGCUGCUGGCCUCCAGGGAGACGGUGAAGAUCGGGGACUUCGGCCUGAUGAGAGGCCUGAGCCACGAGGCAGAUCACUACGUCAUGUCGGCACACAGACGCAUCCCGUUCGCAUGGUGUGCUCCAGAGAGCCUUCGUGUCGGCUCCUUCUCCCAUGCCUCAGACGUGUGGAUGUUUGGUGUCACCCUGUGGGAGAUGUUCACUUACUGUGAGGAGCCCUGGUUCGGUCUGUCAGGCCGACAGAUUUUGUGGCGUGUGGAGCGGGAGGGCGAGCGUCUGGAGAAACCGGCGGAUGGUCCUCAAGAGCUGUACGCCAUCAUGAGGAAGUGCUGGGCCUGCAAUGCUGGUGACAGACCCAGCUUCGCCCAGCUCACCACAAUGGUGACAGAGGCUAAACCAAUGGAGGUGCAAGCAGCAAGGGACUUUUCUGAACCCAGAAAACUCACACUAGUGGCCAACGACCUUGUGACGGUCAUAGACCACGGUCUGGAGCUGAGUGAGUGGAGAGGCCAGAAUCAGAGGACGCUGACGGUCGGCUGGUUUCCUGCGAGCCUCACGGUGCCGUCGCUCCCUCCUGUUGCUGCUGUUCCCGCCUCUUCCAGCAACCCCGGAGCCAACCCCGCUUCCACGGCUGCCCACAUCUCAGCCCCUGUGAAGGGCAGCCUGCAUCACACCGGGCAUGGAGACAUCAAGCCCGAACGCUGCUGGGGAACACCGGAGAGCCUGGACGACAGUGGCAGCUGGAGGCCGAGUCCUGCCAGGGAGAAGGAGGGAUCCAAUCUGCAGAAAAUGGCAGGUAUGUCUCGGAGCCUGGAGUCGGUCUUGAGUGGACACCGACCUCAAUCACACACAGUAGGGGCGGUCAGGGUGGAUCAGCACGGCAGACUCAUGCCCCCCAUAAUGGCAGCUCGUAGUGUGGUGAUGCAGCAGGACCCCCGCCGGUUCAGCGAGGCCAGUAUCAUCCCGCCUCCUCGACCACCACCCCCCAACCUGAAACGCCUUAACAUAAGGUCUCAGAGGAGGCCCAACGUCAAUCCAGCCCCAGCCGCCCUCUGGCCAUCACAGGUGGGUCCGUCCCCUCUAACGCAGCCACAACCUCAACCUCAACCUCAACCUCAGCCCCAGCACCUGCCUCAGCCGGGCGUCGGAGGCUCCAACAUGGCUAAGAUGGCCCCCAUGGCUCGCUCUACUCCGCAGCUGGAUAACCAGACAGACAACAGAGAGAGAGAUCGAAUCAGAGAUCGAGAGAAAUCGCCUCAUGUGCAGAACACAAGAGACAGUCUCAUCGCACAGGUCAUGGAGGCAGUACAUGGAGUGACCACUGAAGAGGUUCAUAUUGCACUUCAACGCAGUGACUGGAACCCAGUGCGAGCCGAGCAACACCUCAAGUUGGAGCAGCUGUACUCGCUGAGCCUCUGCUCCAAAGAGGACUGUCUGAGGAUCCUCUCCAGAUACCAGUGGAACCUGCAGCUGGCCAGUCGCUACCUCCUCCGAUUGUCUCGGGACGACAGGCCCGGCCCGGGCGAGCGGGAGCGACCUGCAGCUAGUGCAGAAAGACGAGUCUGAAGUGACUGAUUUUA